AUGUUUUUUCAGGCUAUUUUGUUGGUCCUAAUCUCAAUAUGGUCAAGAGUAUUUGCACAGGAAUAUUUACCUCCCAAGGUAGGAGGGGGCAAGAAACCUCUUCAGGAGGCAUUGCCUGCCGCUAACUACGAUUUCUCGUAUGACGUACAAGACAAUGGAGUCAGCCUUGACUUUGGCCACAAUGAAAAGAGGAAAGAGGAUCAUGCGACUGGUUCCUACCAUGUCUUAUUGCCUGAUGGCAGAAUGCAGCUGGUUGAGUAUGAAGCUGGGCCUGAUGGGUACAAGCCACAGGUGAUGUACAUGGGUACCGCAACGUUCCCCUCAGCGUCGACAGGUGACAAGUUCGACGGUUAUCAUUACAAUGCAGCAUCGAACCGUCAGAGUGUGAGACAAGUCGCGCCACGAGGCUCCGCGCGUCAGCCCCCAUCUCCAGUACCGCAGUCAGCACCACCUCCUCAUACGGCAUCACCUAAUGCCACUCAAUGA